CUUGAAAUUACCAAUUUACAAUUUUUAUUAAUCUGUCAGAUAUUUUAUUUAUAAAAUUGAAAAAUAUAAUAUUUCAUUAUAGUUUUUACAGAAAAUAUUUUUUUAAUUAGUGUUAUUUCAAUAAUGGCAUAUUAUCUUUAAGAAAAACUAUGCCCAAGAAACAAAUGAUAUCGAAAGGAUGCCCAAAAUGUGAGCAACAAGUUCCAGUUGCUUGCAAAGCAUGUCGUUGUGGACAUUCGUUUUUCAAAGCGAAAAAGGGGUCAAAUACGCCCGCACAAUCAACAGAUACACGACGGCGAACCUCGCGUGUGCGACGUGAAAAACCUAAUUACUACGAUUCUUUAGAGUUCGAAAAACAAGUGAAAAAAACCCGAACGUCAUCACGAGUUAGUGAAUGUGACGAUGAUGAUGCAGUCCUUAUUAAGCCAAAACCGAAGAAGCGUAAAGUAAAAAAAGAGGAAGAAGAAGAAGAGGAACCCAUACAAAAUUUAAGUGGCGAUAAACAACUGCAAUGCAUGAUUAUUUUAGCUGAAUUAAAUAGAAAAAUGGGUGUUGUCACAUGGAAACCUUUGGAUGAAUAGUUUUAAGUUUAUUACCCCAAUAGUGAAUAAUUGGUGAUUGAAGACUAUACUUAGUUCGAACGGUAUCCAGCAAAUAUAAGAUCCACAGAGUUAUUAAUCGAUGCUCGCGUGCGACUCGCGCUGAAUGCCCAGGAAAACUUUGAUUUUAAAUAUCUACAAAAAAGUGCAAAGGAA